GGACAGUGACGUUGCCGUUGGCGCCAUAGCGAGCCUUCGUGCUGCCUAAAAUCUGCUCCAGGUUUAGGUGUUUAUGUGCGCCGCAAUGGCUGACAAAGAUGCUGCAUUUGAUGAUGCCGUGGAGGAGCGGGUGAUCAAUGAGGAGUAUAAGAUCUGGAAGAAGAACACGCCCUUCCUGUACGACCUGGUCAUGACUCACGCCCUGGAGUGGCCCAGCCUCACCGCUCAGUGGCUACCUGACGUCACCAGACCGGAGGGCAAAGAUUACAGUGUGCACAGGCUGGUUCUGGGGACCCACACGUCAGACGAGCAGAAUCACCUGGUCAUCGCCAGUGUUCAGCUUCCAAAUGACGAUGCCCAGUUUGAUGCCUCCCACUAUGACAGCGAGAAAGGCGAGUUUGGAGGUUUUGGUUCUGUAAGUGGUAAAAUAGAAAUCGAGAUCAAGAUCAACCACGAGGGAGAGGUGAACCGAGCUCGCUACAUGCCCCAGAAUCCUUGUAUCAUCGCUACCAAAACGCCCACCAGCGACGUGCUGGUCUUUGAUUACACCAAACAUCCCUCCAAGCCAGACCCUUCUGGAGAGUGCACCCCAGACCUGCGGCUCAGAGGCCACCAGAAGGAAGGCUACGGUCUCUCAUGGAACCCCAAUCUCAGCGGAUGCCUGCUCAGCGCUUCUGAUGACCACACUAUCUGUCUGUGGGACAUCAGCACGGUACCCAAGGAGGGUAAGAUUGUGGACGCCAAGACCAUCUUCACAGGCCACACGGCAGUGGUGGAGGACGUCUCCUGGCACCUGCUCCAUGAGUCGCUCUUUGGAUCUGUGGCCGACGACCAGAAACUCAUGAUUUGGGACACUCGGUCCAACAACACCUCCAAGCCGAGCCAUGCAGUGGACGCCCACACUGCUGAGGUCAACUGCCUGUCCUUCAACCCCUACAGUGAGUUCAUCCUGGCCACAGGCUCAGCAGACAAGACUGUGGCUCUUUGGGACCUGAGGAACCUCAAGCUCAAACUGCACUCCUUUGAGUCACACAAAGAUGAGAUCUUCCAGGUUCAGUGGUCCCCUCAUAAUGAAACAAUCCUGGCGUCCAGCGGCACGGAUCGCCGCCUUAACGUCUGGGACCUGAGUAAGAUCGGUGAGGAACAGUCGCCAGAGGAUGCUGAGGACGGUCCUCCUGAGCUGCUGUUCAUCCACGGAGGACACACGGCAAAGAUCUCAGACUUCUCUUGGAACCCCAACGAGCCGUGGGUCAUCUGUUCAGUAUCGGAGGACAACAUCAUGCAAGUCUGGCAGAUGGCUGAAAAUAUCUACAAUGACGAGGACCCAGAAGGUGCUGCAGAUUCAGAGGUCCAAGCUUGAGUCCAGUUCACAACAAACCCGGUUCUGGAUGCAGUAAGGUGCGCGUGAAACCUCGUCGGCAGCUGUGGUUUUAAAAAUCCACUGCGGUGUCAUCACGGUGUCAAGUAUUUAAAAUCACUCUUCUUUUUUAAACUCGUAGUUUUUCCACUUUGGAUUGUGAUGAAAGCUUCAGACAGCUGUCACUCAUUCAUCGAGUUUAAAACAAAAAACCUUUCUAAUCAAAUUGUACAUACUGUAGUUCCUUCUUCUUUUUUUAGUGACUUUUCCAAACUGUGCCGUGUCUCUGUGUGGUUCUUUACUUGGUUUUUGUGCUGCAUCUGAUACAUGUGCACUUAAAUAUAUUCAUAAUAAAACAUUUACAGUGAAGCUG